GUAACAUUUAUAGUGCUGCAGCCAUGGUAACCUAAGUUUUUAAAAAUAAAUUACAAUACUAACAAAAAACCUUAACAAUUCAAACCUGUGGAAUUAACUUUAAUGUAACGUUAAUCAAAGGAAGGACAUUAACGUACCCUGUUAUACAAGUCAUACAGGGAGAAGUUUUGACCUCCAUAUAACGCUAUAACACUGCAGCAACUGACAGAAUGGAACGGGAGGGUCAAGGCAGCAUUGGUUCUAAACAGAAACUGCAGGUUCAAGCCCUUUCCUCCAGAGAACUGGAGAUGAAAUACGCCCAGCUGAGGAGGAGACUCAGUACCAUGGAGCAGGAAAAUAACUCUCUGGUUUUGGAAAAUAAGAAGCUGAUUAGUGAACUUGAGGACAUGCAGUUUGAGUUGGCUAGCUCCAAAACCAAAGUGCAGGUGCUGGGGUCCACCAUUGAAUCCAAAACAUCCAGUGUAACUCAAAUGACUGAGGAACUCAGUCUAGAAGGAGAAAUGGACUCUCUAAGACAGUCACACAGAGUUGUAGAUGGAAAGCUGAAGGAGACACAAGAUACUCUUGCAGAGAAGAACAAAUUGUUGAAGCAGCUAAAGAAGGAUCUGAAAUAUUUACAGGCAGAAUUAGACAGACAGACCAGCCAGAGCAUCAGCACAGUGCGGCAAAGGGACAAAGCUCUGCUUAAAGCAGAGCAGCAUGCUAAAGCUCUCGAAGAAUAUAGAGCCAGCAUGUCUGAGAAGAUUAAAAAAAUGAUUGACAGUGAGACAGCAUUGAAGUGCAACUUGAUUGAGUGUGACAACCAAAGAGUCGAAAUAGAGCGACAAUUAUUGCUGCUACAGCAAGAAGUUGAUGAGAAAAACAGGCUUGUUAGUGAGCUGCAGAAAAAUUGUGCUCGUAUUGGGGCACUGACCACUGAAGCAGAUGCACUGCACUCCUGGCUUCAAGAAGCACUUCGGAAGAACACUGACUUGGAACGCCAGCUGAGUGAGAAGGAGCAGGAGGCGAGGGAAGUGGAAGAUCUUAGGAGGGAAAGCAUGGACCUCGUGGGAGAACGAGAACGAGAGCGAGAGCUGGAGGAGAGAAACAGAGAAGUGGAGAAUUGCAGAGCUGAGCUGGACAGUCUGGAGGCCAUACUCAGCCUGUUACACCUUCGAGAUGGGAGCAGCCACAGUGGAACUGAUUUGAAUGGUGGAGGUGGACUGCUGUGUGCAAAGCCAUGUUUCCUCCCACCUGGACCUGCUGGCAGCAUCCCUGACCUCAUGCCUGGAACAGGUAAGCAGUACCAGCAGCUGUUGCCAGUGUUUCAGGCUCUAGAGCAGGACAGGACCAGGCAAACUGAAGUGAACCAUAAGCUGCAGGAGCAUCUGGAUCAGGUUCAGGAACAGAAAGUCUCUCUGCAGGCCACUCUCAACCAGAAAGAGCAGAACCUCCGGAAGCUCCAGACAAAGCUACAGGAGUCCACAGCCAAAGUCAGCCAGAGAAACAAGGAGUUGCAUGUCUGUUUAGGACAGAAGGAGACGCGGAUAGACGAGCUGGAGAAAAUUCUGUCUACAGCACUACAGGAGAUGCAGGUGAGCCAGUGGAGAGCAGAGUCACUGCACACUUCCCUUACACAGCUUAAAAAGGAGGCUGAAGAUAAUAAAAUGGAAAAUCUGAAGGCUCCGAAGAACCUGAAUGCCCAGUCGGCUCAGUGUGCUGCACAGGUAAAGUUUCUUGAGUCAGCCCUGUCCUCUUGCCAGGAGGAGCUGAGCAAUUGUCAGAAGCACAUGGAGGCAGCUAAGGACGCAUAUGAGAAUCAGCUGGAAUCCAAAAACAGAGAGGUGACCCAGUUAGAGGAACAGCUGGAGAAGGAGAAGACAUUGGCUUCCAUUGAGCUGAAAAAAGCAGAGUGCGAGGCCCUCUUAGACAGGGAACAUGAGCAGAAACACCAGUCAGAAGCUUCACAGCUCUACAACUCUACCACGCAGCUCCAGGAGGACAUGAAUAAGUACCGUGGAGAGCUGAGCGAGCGGGAGCGGGAGCUGCUGCUGAUCCGCAGGGCCAGCGGGGCUAAAGCCUCUCAGCUAGCUCAAAUGGAGAAGAUGCUGCAGGAGACCAAAGGAAUGCUGGACAAGAAGAGUGAGAUGAGUACGGAAAAAAAAUCUUGCGGGGACUCCAUGGUGUCUGAACUGGAGGAGAAGGUCCAGCGCAGUAAGCGUGACCGGCGUAACUCUCUGCACCGCACGCAGCUGCUGGAGAGUCAGAUGAAGACGGUGCGGGGGGAGCUGGUGAACACUCUGGAUCAUCUGCAGGCACUGCGGGACAAGCUGCACCGCUCCCAGCAGAAAGCAGAGGAGCGUAAAGCCGCCAUGGAGAAACUUACAGCCGAGCUCAGGGAAGCACGAGGAGAGUUGGACCACAUGAGGAAAGAAGCUGAGAACAAACACAAAGCAAAGAAAGAAACCAAUGACAAACUUCAACAAACCACACAUGAGUUGGAGACUUCUGUUCAGGAUUAUACAAUGGAGCUGGAGCAGAAAUUAACCUGUCAGCAGGAGGAGCUGAAAACCUCAGCCAGAGAUGUGACAGAGAACACCAAACAGGUUGAGUAUUUAACUGAGAGGCUGGAGGUGAUGAAAGCUCAGCUAGAGGAGAAAGAGAAGCUAGAACAGGACGCAGCAGAUCAGACCCAGCAGCUGCAGGACGUGUCUGCGGAGCUGCAGGAGCUGCAGGAUCACUGUGAGAGACUCACUUUUCAGCUGCAGGACAGCAUCCUGUUUGGCAAAGAAAAGGAGAGGGAACUGUGGCGUGUGGAGCAGGAGGUGGAGAAGCUACAGGAGAGUGCAGCAAAGGAGGUGUCCAGACUGCAGGACAUCAUCUCCAAACUCACUGAAGAACUUCACACACUCAGGAACCAACAACAGAUACCAGCAGAGUACCACCUUAGUGAGGAGCUGCAGCACAGCAGAGCUCAGCUUGACCAGGCCAAUCAGAAGAGCGCCGCCCUGCUGGAUGAAUUGAGCACUCGUGAACAGCUUCUGCAGCUCACCAGUGAGGCUCUGCUGCUGAAGGAGUCAGAGGUCACUCGUUUGAGAACCAGGUUAUCCAGCAUUGAGAGAUCCAGAAAUCUUCAGGACAUCGCCAUAACCCAGAGUUCAGAUCCUGAGUACAUUCACCAAAACACCUCGCAACCCAAUUCAGAGGAAACUACUGUCAUGGUGCCUGGCCUAAACCUGUCAGGUGACCCACUCCUGCUCCAAUCUGGCAACCUGGAAAACAUCCCACAGAGUUCACAGGCCAGCCACAGUCCGUCCUACCUGAGUUCUACACUGAAUGAAACUUUUUCUAAAAGCUUCUGAUGAUUAACAAUCACACAGUGUAUGUAGAGGUGCACCUUGUAAUGUUUUUUAAUCAGUUAUCACUCCAUGGUUAUUUUUUAUCAAUUUUUCUUGGAGCUAAUUUAUGUAUUUUUCUAAACCUUUUUUGUGUGGGUGUGUAUUUCUCAUUAUAUUUUAAGAUUUUAUAAUUAUCAUCUCCUCUUAAAACACACAGUUUGCACUU